AGAUGAUGGGUUUGGAAAACCUCUGAUUCUGGGAUAUAAGCGUUGAAUACUCUGUAGGAAUAAAUACCUGAAUGUCAAACACACACAUCAUUUGUUUGGACCACAAAUCACAAAAAUGUGAUCACAAAACAACUCGAUAACUAUUCGGUGUAAUUCUUGGGAUUGAAAUCGAGUUGAUUUUGUCGCUCACGUCCACUAUAUUUCCACUUUCAAAACGUGUUGUGAAGUCCAGAAACAAAAUGCGCGAAGACUUGGAGGAAGAGGCAGAGGUUGAAGGAAGUGAUAUGAAUUACGACAGCAUCAAAAUGAAUUACCCGAUCGGAUCCAACCCUAAUCAAGUGCCGCCACAGUAUAAACCGCUCACAAUAUUAGAGAAACGGUUUCUAUUGGCCGUCGAGAGGGGAGAUUUACCCGCUGUCCGCAGAUAUAUAGUGGAGACACCGGCGGGUGAAAUGAACAUAAACUGUUGCGAUCCGAUCGGAAGGAGUGGUUUACUGAUGGCUAUUGACAACGAAAACCUAGAAAUGUGUGAACUAUUAAUUAACGCCGGCGUUGAGAUGAAGGACGCACUCCUUCACGCCAUUAAUGAAGAGUUUGUCGAAGCCGUGGAACUACUGCUCGACAAUGAAGACCAGACACAUGUCGCAGAUCAGCCUCACUCUUGGGAAGCGGUAGAGAGGGAAACAUUCACAUCGGAUAUCACACCAUUGGUUUUGGCCGCCCAUCGAAAUAACUAUGAGAUAAUCAAAAUAAUUUUAGACCGUGGUACUUCUCCUAUGCCGGCCCCACACGACGCCCGCUGUGGCUGCAAAGACUGUCGACUCGCCAACAAAGAAGAUUGUUUACGACACUCGAGAUCGCGGAUCAAUGCCUACAAAGCGUUGUGUUCUCCCUCUUUGAUUGCGCUAUCGAGUAAAGACCCGAUCCUAACGGCGUUUGAGCUGAGCUGGCAGUUGAGGCGACUGUCAUUCCUGGAGCCGGAAUUCAAGUGCGAAUACCUUGAGCUCCGGCGUCAGUGCCAGUCCUUCGCCACCGCUCUCUUAGAUCACACGCGGACUACAGAAGAACUGCAGGUUUUACUAAAUUAUGAUCCAUUAGGAGAUCCGUUGGAAACACAUGGAAGGAUGCAAUUGGCGAGACUUAAACUGGCGAUUCGUGUCAAACAAAAACUGUUUUGCGCACACGCCAAUGUACAACAACUGUUGGCCAGCAUCUGGUACGAGGGUCUGCCCGGGUUUCGCCGCAAAAACAUAAUCGUCCAGACAAUCCAAUUGCUGCUCAUAGGCCUACUCUUUCCCAUACUAUCGGUGGCCUAUAUAUUGGCGCCGCACUCACUAAUAGGACAAUUCAUUAAAAAGCCAUUCAUUAAAUUCAUAUCUCAUUCGGCCAGUUAUAUCACGUUUCUUCGUUUAAUAUGGAGUGAAGUAAAACAAUUGUGGGAUUUAGGAAUUGCCGACUAUUUGAGCGAUAUGUGGAAUAUUCUUGAUUUCAUCACAAAUUCUUUG